AUACUACGCGUAUCUUCAGCAAGCUCAAGCGUUUUACACGUUUCCAUUCCAUCAGAUGAUGACUGCAACGCCUAACAUGGAAAUCAUGAGUGAGCAGCCGACUCUAGAGGGCGUUCCAGAGCCAAACAUUGCUCAGGAGCCUCCAAAAGAAGUUAAAAAAGGAGGAAGGAAAAGAAAAGCCAAAGCAACUGAGCCAAAGCAACCCAAAAAGCCUGCUGCUAAAAAAGAAAAAUCAGCCAAGUCAAAAGGCAAACAAGAAAAGAUCACAGAUACUUUUAAAGUCAAAAGAAAAGUGGACCGUUUUAAUGGUGUAUCUGAAGCGGAACUUCUGACCAAGACUUUACCUGACAUCUUAACAUUUGAUCUGGACAUUGUAAUAAUUGGCAUAAACCCUGGCUUGAUGGCAGCUUACAAAGGACAUCAUUACCCUGGACCUGGAAACCAUUUUUGGAAGUGUCUGUUCAUGUCUGGUCUAAGUAAUGAACAGCUGAACCAUAUGGAUGACCACACCUUGCCACAUAAAUAUGGGAUUGGAUUUACAAACAUGGUUGAAAGGACAACACCUGGAAGCAAAGACCUUUCCAGCAAAGAGUUUCGAGAAGGAGGACGAAUUCUGAUGCAGAAGUUACAAAAGUAUAAACCUCGUAUAGCAGCUUUCAAUGGAAAAUGUAUUUAUGAAAUUUUUAGUAAAGAAGUUUUUGGAAUAAAAGUUAAGAACUUGGAAUUUGGACUGCAGCCACACAAGGUGCCAGAUACAGAAACGCUCUGCUACGUUAUGCCAUCAUCCAGCGCAAGAUGUGCUCAGUUUCCUCGUGCGCAAGAUAAAGUUCAUUAUUACAUAAAGCUUAAAGACUUAAGGGAUCAACUGAAAGGCAUUGCACCAAACACAGAGGUGCAGGAGGUGCAGUACACAUUUGACUUGCAACUUGCACAAGAGGAUGCUAAAAAGAUGGCUGUCAAAGAGGAGAAAUAUGAUCCAGGUUAUGAAGCAGCAUAUGGAGGAGCUUACUGUGAUCGUGCACCAUAUGAAAGUGACCAGUGCAAUUUCUCUUCAAAUGGAACUGCGAGCAAUCCGCAGUACGGUGAGGGGCCAUCCUUCGGUGAAGUUCCUAAUGGACAAUGGAUGACGCAGUCCUUUGCAGACCAGAUCCCAGAGUUCAGUGCUGGUGUGACACGGGAAGAAGAGGGAAGCAGUGCGUGAGAGCUGUUUCUUCUCAGCUAUGCAUACAUGCUGCAGUUUUAAUGCAGUGAUCAAGAUUGGUACCUCGGUUCUCCAACUGAAGCGUUUUAAUAGUAUUUUAUCUCCCCUAGUUAUUUUAGUCUAAAGUAAGUGUGUGGUAGGCUCAAAUCAAUGAACUAGGUAAUUUUAAGGAACUGUCCAAACUUUUUUAAAAAAAGUUAACCCUUUUUUGUAUAUGAGUUUUAUAUUUAAUGUAUACCAUUUCUUGCAGUUUUUGACAAAUUUCUUUCUCAUUUGUGAAGAUUUCUUUGGGGCGUUAAUUUUAUUGCAUAAAUGGUCAUGUAGUAGUAACAGCAGCAGGAUACUUUUCCUGGUGCUUCAAUAUUUGGCUAUCUUGUCAUCCUUUUAUAUCCAGAGGGGAAAAUGGGAAGUGUACCCUUAUCUUACACAAAGUGGUGUUUUUAAUCAUGCACAAUUAAGCAAAUUGUGCUUUUUAAGCCUGCCUUUUACCUUCUU